ACAUCUUUUUGCUACUCUUCAUCGAUAGACCAGUUUCGAUCUCUUCGACCGCUUUCGAUGCGAUGCCAAAUAAAGAUCGAGAACUAGUAAUCUUGAAGUAUCAGAGACUAGCCGAUGGAAAAAUAUUUACAGUCUUUACUCGUGACUCAAUACAAGAAGAGAUCAGAAAGAGUUGGAAACAAUAGGUGAUUUGCAACGCUAUACGUGAAUAUGAAACAAUUCGCGAUCGGCAUAAUUAUCCUGGAGAUUUCGCUGAGGAUCAACGGACUGUACACGAUCGUUGAAUGUCCAGCUGAUUUGCGGAAAGACAUUGCGGAAUAUAGCGAGUUGAAGCCGCUGCAGAUCAGCUGCACGAUGCAGCUCUUAUGUCCACCGUUACAGAACAAGCCGACGAAUUACGAGAACCCGGGUUAUCAGGUUCACGAAGACAAUCCUGACGCCUUGUGCGAAAUGAAGUUCAAGAUCAACGUCGCAAAAAAUCCGAGCGUCCUCAAGAAAAAUCCGUGCACCGACCUCCCGCAUCUCGAACAUCAGGUGUUACUGCCUCACUCGACUAACUGCAGUUUGUUCUACAAGUGCGACUGGGGCGUGCCAAUGCUGUUCGAGUGCCCGGAGGACUUGCACUUCAAUCCCGUUCACCAGGUGUGCGACUGGCCCUGGCAGGCCGGCUGCGACUCGUCCUGGAUCGGUUGCCCGCGGCCCUUUCCGCGAUGCCCGACCCGGUAUCCGGGUUUACUGCCGCAUCCCUUUCUGUGCGAUCGUUUUUAUCAAUGCGACUGGGGAACGCCACGAUUACAAGCGUGUCCUGCCGGACUUCACUUCGAUUCGCGUCUCAAGCUUUGCAACUGGUCUUACAACUCCAACUGUCGAAAUUGCUGAGGAAGAACGCGCGGUUCGCGAAUUGAAAAGCGAAUUAAUUUAAAAAAAAAAAACGAAAGGAUCUUUUUCGAGAAUCGUAUCUGUCAAAAAAUAGAACAAAACGCCACAAAAAGAGAUGUCGUUUUUUUAUAC